AAAUUUAGCCCCUACUUUGGCACUUCCAUUGCAUUUGCAUAGCAUUGCAUUGUCGCACAGCCAAUUUGGCAAAUUAUAGGCUAAGGGCGACGCCUUCGAUUGCCAGAGGACAAUUGGCCAAACGCCUUGCGAGCGAGUGAGCCAAUAAAAGACAUUUGCCGAGCACUCGGGGGCCACAGUGUCGAGUGGUGCUCCGGGCCGGAAGUAGUGCAAAGUGGUGCGGUAAUGGCUGAGGAUAUUGCUUUGGUGGCCAUCAAUGUGGGCAUUUGGCGGCGUCUGGCGGUGCUCUAUCCCAGUCCGGCGACCCGCUGGCGGAAGUACGCGUUUGUGUUGCCCGUUUGCCUGAUGAAUCUGAUGCAGUUCAUCUUCUUGCUGCGCAUGUGGGGCGAUCUGCCUGCCUUCAUACUGAAUCUGUUCUUCUUUUCGGCCAUACUCAAUGCCCUGAUGCGCACGCUGUUCGUCAUGUGGAAGCGCCUGGCGUUCGAGAAGUUUCUGGAGCAAGUGACGCAUCUCUAUCGGGAGAUCGAGGCAUCCAGCGAUGAGUUCUGUCGCAAUCUGUUGGCCAUGGCCGUGGCCGAGUCGCGUCGCCUGGCCAUAUUCAAUUUGACGGCCUCGUUUCUCGACAUUUUGGGCGCACUAAUCUUUGCUUUGUUCCUGGAGCAACGCACCCAUCCGUUUGGCGUGGCCCUACCGGGCAUGGACAUGCAGCGCACACCCGCCUACCAGAUAUUCUAUGUGCUGCAGUUGCCCACUCCCGUGGUGCUCUCCAUGAUGUACAUGCCCUUUGUCAGUCUCUUUGCGGCCUUUGCGCUCUUCGGCCGGGCCUUGCUACAGAUAUUGGCCCACAAGUUGUCACGCAUCGGCCAGCUGCAGGCGGAGGAGCAGCGCUAUCAAAUGCUGAUUGCUUGCAUUCAACUGCAUAUUACCAUUGCCAGCUAUGUGCGCAAUUUGACAGCACUGAUCGCCUAUAUCAUAGGCGCCGAGGCUCUGAUCUUUGGAGGUAUUAUAUGCUCGCUACUGUUCUGCUUAAAUAUAAUCACCUCACAAACGCAGAUGAUCUCAAUAAUCAUGUAUAUCUUGACCAUGCUCUAUGUGCUCUACACCUAUUACAAUCGUGCCAACGACUUGAUGAUUGAGAGCGUGCGCGUCUCUCAGGCUGUUUACAAUGUGCCGUGGCUGGAGUGUGGCAUGGGUUUUCGGAGAACUCUUCUGAUCUUUUUGAUGCAAACGCAAAGGCCUCUGGUGAUAAAGGCGGGCCACGUUUACCCCAUGACUUUGGCCAUGUUUCAGAGUCUGCUGAAUGCAUCCUAUUCGUAUUUUACCAUGUUGCGUGGCGUGACCAACAAAUGAGCUGGAAGCCAAAAACUUUUCGGGCCAUAAGCCAGGCAACAGGAGCAGCAGGAGGUGAAGGAGGACGGGGGCGUGGCAAUCUGAGUAAUGCAAAAAGUUGUUGUAGCUCGUUGUAGUCCGGGCAUUUGCAUAUGCUAUUCGUUUGCGUAGUUAUUCUGAAAGGAUUUAAUCUGGCUGUUUGUACUCCGGACUACGGUCUGUAGUGUUGGCAUGUAGAUAGAGUCGUAGUCAUAGCAUUUGUUGUUGUUGUAGUUGUAGUUGUUGUAGCUAGUGCCAGGCAUCUGUGCAAAUAGUUUGUUGCGUUGCCUGGGUGGGGAGGGCGACGUAUUUCUGUUUGCUUUAAGUCUUUUCUAUGCUUAGCAAUGCUUCACUUAGUUGUUUUAAGCGCCGUUCACGGAAUAUCUACUUUCGUUUUGAUGCCAGUGAGCUGGGCUAUAAAGGUUCUAUUUAAUUGCAAAGCGAUAUCAAAAUAAAUAGCUUAAAGCCAAGUUGAGAACUAAUAAAUUCCUGUGCGGC